GCGAGCAGUGAUGGGAACUUCACACUGACAAAUGCUGACAAGAUCAGGACUGCGAGAUACCGAGAGAGCCAGCAUGUCGCCACAGAUAUCGUAGAAUCGAGAGGAGCUUGGUCGCUGGACAAGUCGUUGGACUGUCGAUAUAGCCCUAGUCUGCAGGAAAGGAGCUGAUGAACUUAUCAUGAGAAAGGCACACGUUGCUGUCCAAGUUCGCUUUCUAAGGUCGUAAAAAUGCUGCGCAUACUGUUUUUUCAUUGCCUUCUGUAUGUUGUCACGGUGUUCUAGCUCGAUAAUUCGGAGGGUUAUGCGCAUUAUUAUUAUUAUUUUUUUGCGAAGUACAAUCCGCCAUCGCGAGACGCCGGCCUUGCGUUAAGUGUUCCUUCGAUUCCGUUGCAUACGUUCGAGUGCAUCCUGUUCAUCCAAGGUCAUCUACAUAAUCUCAUCAUCAUGUUCGUCAUCAAGUCGCGGUGAUGUCCCCAAGAGACGCCGGCACGGCUAGACCGCCGUGCAUCGCACCAGGGAGGAGGCGUACUGCCUGACUAGGGAGGCCGUUCAGGCCGACCUUGGGGCAUCCGCAUGCUCAGCCCCACCACCGAUACCUAAAGGGACAAGAGAUGGAAGGAGAGGUCCCGGCAGACCAGGAACAGCAGCAACGGCAGCCAGAGCCUUCCUCCGUCGACCCAGAACCACGUGUCAUCGACGCCACUGCUGCUGAAGUACCUGGCAAGACACUCGAGGUAGCAGACGACGACAGUCAGGUGAUGGCCGACUGUUGCGAGCAGGCGGUGGAAGCCGUCCUGCAGGGAAUGGAGGCCAACCAGGAGUGGGAGGUGCUGCGCGCCAUCAUGGACGGUGAGGAGGAGGACGAGGCGCAGGACGAGGGCGAGUGGGACGCCGCCGACGCCGAGGAGGCCAAGACGCAGCGGAGCCUUCACGCGAGCGCCUGCUGCAAGGGCCACCCGCCGUCGGUCGGCAGCGUGCGACCCUGCCAGAUGAGUGCCUACACGCGCCUCGACAACGCCAUCACGCCCAUCAUUCUGGCCUGCAUCCUCUCGUUCGUGGUCCAACCCCUGCUGAUGCUGCUGCACAAAAUGGCGCUGCGGGUUUUCCCGUCACCCCUGAGACUGCUGGUCGGCCUCGAGGUGCCUUCGUUGAUCGUGAUCAAGACGUUCCUCUUCGUCCUGCCCGUGGGGGUUGUGUCGCUGUUCGUCGAGGAGAUGCGUGAAGCGGAGGACGCCGUCUUGACCACCGUCGCAUUCCUGAUCAGACUGCUCGUCAACGUCCUGCUGAUCGUCUCCAGGAGCGGCAACAUUCCCCUGCUAGUGACUUUCUUUGAGAGAAUGUUGGUGCGCAUCGUCCUCACAGUGUUGCUGUACACCUACGAGGGAUACAGCAAGUACCUGUUCUGCCAGCCGCGCACGCUGACCGGCCUGUACGCGCCGGCGAAGUGCUUCCUGCCGUCGUGGUGCAGGCGGGCGCUGGCAGGGCGAGAUCCGGAGGACACGUUCCGCAGGGCCUCCUGCCUCUACCAGAAGAUCUCCAUGUCUGACGAAGGCCCUAUGCUACAGUCGCACCACCUGGAGUGCGGCCACCGACUGAACCACUUCGCACGCGACAACGCGAUCGGCGCCUGCGUUUGAGUCUCCGCCAUGGUCCUGUCGCUGCUGAUGACCUGGGACAUGGCCAAGACCUUGUGCGCCGACGUGGCAGCUACUUGGCGCUUCUGCGGCCGCUGCUGGGAGCAACGCCGCGCCGGAUUGGGCUGGAAAGACACCUUCAGCAUGGCGGCGCAGCGGACGCUCGGCGAAGCGUCCGAGCACGACGAGGCGACACCUAGCGGUGUUCCUGGGACAGGUUCCUCCAGCCAGACGUCCUCCUGCAAGACGUCCUCCUGCAAGACGUCCUCCUGCAAGACGUCCUUCUGCAAGACGUCCUCGGGCCAGACGUCUUCCGGUCAGACGUCUUCCGGUCAGACGUUCUCCGGCCAGGCAUACUCCCGCCAGAUGUAUUCCUGCGAAGCCGGAGUCUCGGGAGAACAGAUGCCGCGGCCUUCGUUCAAAGUUCGGUGAUGAGCGAGCACAAGACAGUGACUGUUGCACAGUUCCUGGAGGAAGAGCCCACAAGCAUGUGCUGGACGUAAAAUUUACGGCGUAAUGCGUGAAAUUCAGCCCUUGUGGCAUGAACCCUCUGUGCCAUUCUUGGUUCAACGAAGGCCACGGACAAUUCCGCAGAAGCCUUACAGGCGGUCGUCCUGAUUUAUUCGCCAUUUAUAAAUAUGAUUUUAUCUGCUCA